CAACUUAAUUAAACGUCGCCGCGAUCGGUUAAUUGUUGCCGCCGCGAGCGGGAGAGUGGCCUGCGACCGGCGGCGGAGCGAGAGACGACGGACCGAGCCCGUUGUUAAUCCGAUCCGCGGAAAAAUCCAACAUUAAACCCAAACUUUUUCUGCCUCUCGCUCCUCCGCCAGCUCUCCCGACACCACCCCCACCGUCGACCCGACCGCGGCGCUGCGCUGCGCUCUGGUUCACAGCUGCUCUCCGCCAGUUACGGCUGGAGCGGAGAAACGGUAGUUUACAUGGACAUGUGUUGCACUGAAGUGUUUAAGGAGGAGUCUGGAGAGCCGGUGAGCAGUGAUAGAAAUGGGGGGACAGAGUGGCUGUGCCCCCUCUGUCAGAAAGUCCAGACCAACAGAUCCUCACUGUCCCUGCAUCUCACUGAGCAACACAGCGUACUGCCAUCCUGUGUCAACAGACUGCUGGACAUUGCCGAUUUAAAACAGGGCGCUAAAGGAGGAGACGAGGAUAAAGGUGCUGAGAAGUCUUCAGAUGCUGAAUCGUCACAGUUGAGGCCUCCUGAAGACGUUGGUUCAGAUCCAAUCCAAUCGAGCAAGAGUUCAGACGCUACCCAGACACCUGCAGACAAAGAGAUGGAGGAUGAGCGGUUAAUGGAGCAGGAGGGAGGUGAAGCUGAGCCAGAGGAGGAGGGAAAUCAACUCACAGGAGCCAAACGGCAAAAUGCAACUGAAAACACAGAGAACUCAGACGCUGGUGAGAGGUCAGCUGGUAAAAACUGUGCUCCAACUGAAAACAACACCCGCUCCUUCAAAUGCAAUGCCUGCCUGGAAAUGUUCCCCAGCAGAACUGCCCUGAGCGUUCACUACAACUCUUCCUCCCACAUCCAGAGGAUGACCACAGGCUCAGCCAAACCAGGCGGGGAGAACGACCCCCAGACCCCUUCGGUCCCCAUCCUGUCUCGGCCAUAUAUCUCCAACAAACCCUACCAGUGUGCUGUGUGCCGAGUCUCCUACAACCACGCCAUCACCCUUGAGAGCCAUAUGAAGUCUGUCCUGCACCAGACCCGCAGCAGAAACGCUGGCAUUGCUGCUGCAAACAACACGGUGGGUUCAGCUGGGAUGGGAGGGGGGACCCCUGCUCCAAAUGCCGUGGUGAGCUCAUCUGGAGGUGGAUCCAGUCCGUUAGCGACCACCACCACCUGUGCUGCUCCUGUGAUGGUGACCACUACAAAAGACGGGGAGCAGAUUCCAACUUCACAGGUGGCCCCCUCCCUCCUCACCUCCCCCGUGGCCUCAGCUCAGGCGGUCUCGGCCUUCCUCACCCUCCUUACGUCCAGUCCCAGUACCCUCUCACACUCCCUCCUCCCCUCCCUGUUUGCUGCCGGCGCUGCCCCUGGUGCCACCACUCAUCAGCUUGUGCCUCAGCCUCAGAUGGUCAUGCCCUUCAUCUUGAACGGGCUGCAAGCCCAAACCCAGCAGCACCAAGAUAACCAGCAGGGCCAGCUCCUCACCCAGUGUGUGCCAUUUGUAGGUCUCAGCACAGCCCAGCAAGCCCUCCUAACCCAAAGACUGAACAGCUUACAGAGCCAGUGGCCCUCUGUAGGAGUCCCUACAAACACCCAGCCCUGCCCUGAGGAGCAGAAACAGACUAUAAAGACUGAGAGAGAACAGGAGAAGCAGGAUGGUGAGGAGGCGGAGGAGGACAAGGUCUCAGCUCAGACCAAGGACAGCGAGAACUGGAUGACAGAGAACAUUAAAACUGAGAAAUUUCAUGAAGAGGACACUAAAGACUUCACACAGUGUCCUAAUAUAGAAAGCAAAGUGAAGGCUGAGAACAAUGAAGACAAAGGGAAGGCACAAAGAGAUAUCACAACAGAUGGAGACUGCUCCACUAAUCAGUUGGACCUGGAAGGUGAUAAAGCAGCGAGCCUGAAUCUCUCCCCGGCCGGCACAGAGAAGAGCCUCCGCAAUAACAGCCUCUCUCCUUCUGCAUCUGUGCCCAGCAACUCCACCCUCAGCCCUGUCAAUCUAAAUCUAACACUCAGCCCUGACUCUACUCCUCAGAAAUCACAGUCAAGCCCCUGUGGCUCUCUGGGCACCCCCAAAUCCAGCCCCAGUACAAAUGCCUUAACUAACAACCAAACUCGACCCCAUUGUAACACAAUGGGCUCCAUGUAUCCAGACCUUCCAGUGCUGUCAGAGUUCCAGUCUGAGGUCCUCUGGGCCUUCUUUGAGUCUCGUAGUGAGGCUGAUGCUGCAAGUCCUCCUCAUGAGGACUGUGAGGCUCUGGGCAGAGAGGUGGGGUUGUCAGAGGAGGAGGUACGACGGUGGCUGAGCCGAGCCCGACACGCCAAACAGAGGCAGAGAGCCACAGACUCAUACCACAAGACAGGAUUUACAAGGCCUGGUCAGAGCUCAGACAAUGACUAUGAUGACGAGGAGAGCUCUCUGAUUAUAGCAGAGGGGGAGGAUGAGGCCGAGGCCUCAGGGAGUCAGGCCAUAGAUCUGUCCAGCACGAGAGGGAAACGCAGGCAGAGAGAUCUGGGAAGGGAGGGUCAAGGAGAUUCCUGUCUUACCUCUGACUCAGAGAAUGAGGUGUACACCUCUGUGAUUGUGUCUGAUGAGGAGAGUCAGAACGGGUCUCUGAGGGAGGGUCCAGAGAGUCCCGCAAAAGGGGAGGCUCAGAGGGAGGUCCACAUGGAGAAGGGCUUGGCCGGAGGAAAGGUCCUACGCUCCACCACUGUGUUUCUGUCUGAUGCUGAGGAUGAGUAUGAGGAAGAGGAGGAGGAGGGGGGUGAGAGGGCAAGGAGGAAAAAACGAAAGGGGGAGUUUGAGCGUGAUGAGGUGGAGGUGAAGAAAGAGAGACAGGACCCAGAUGUGGAUCUAGAGUUGGAGGCUCAGGGAGAUCCUCCCAGUUCACAGUCCCACUUAGUGGACCAUCGUGAGAUCCCAGCCGGGGCUCUGCACUCGCUGCCUUUAUCCCUCACCCACUUCGCUACUCCGUUCCUCAGCCCCUACGUCCUCUCUCUGACUCCGUCAGUGGUCGGAGACGGGAACAAAGUACCAGUCUUUCCUAAUCCACCAGCUAUCACGCGCUUCUCCAGCUCUUUGCUCUCUCAGUCUCUGUCCUCCUCCCAGACCUCUCACUACUUGUCCAAUGGUGGAGACUGUGAGGCCGCUUUGGACCUCAGCAUGGGCAAGAACAGCUCUAAAUCUGCCUCCUCGUCCUCCUCCUCAUCGUCUCUGGCUGAUAAAAUUGCAGCUCAAAAGGGGCAGCUGCUAGAUGGGCUGGGCCUGAGGCCCACAUCCAAAGGUCUGGUAGUGGUCCAGGUGAAGCCUGAGACUGUCUCAGCCAUGCCCUCCUCCAACAGCAGCAUGAGUCUGGUCAACUGCAAUAACAUGACCAAGUCCAAUAUCUACAUGAGGGCAGCAGAGAAGAUGAAUACUACCUUACUGGAAAGGGAACGAGAGAAGGAGAGGGAGAAGGAGAAGGAGAGAGAACAGGAGCAGCAGCAACAGCAGAGGAAGUCCAAAGGAAAACGGUACCGGGACAUGAGGCGCUCAAGGACCAUCAUCCAAGCUGAGCAGCUCGACAUCUUGUAUGGCUGCUACUUCAAAGACCCGAACCCUGGGAAACACGAGUUUGAGCAGAUUUCAGAGUGGGUCCACCUUCCAAAGAAGGUCGUCCAGAUCUGGUUCCAGAACAUGAGGGCGAGGGAACGAAAGGGCGAGGUCAGAUUUAUCAGCGACGGCACCCUGGCAGCAGUCGGCAAACCUCUCAUCAAAUUCACCUGGCCUCUGUCCAAACCCAUCUUCUCCAACAAGCCCACUUCCAACAACACCAGCUGCAUCACAACCACUCCAAUAGUGCGCACCCUGAUGAAAACAGAGCGGGAGUCUGUGAAGGAACUGGGAAAACCAACUGUGGUGAAGAAAAUAACCCCAGUCCCCAUCAAGCCUAAGGAGGUCAUUUCCUCUGCGGCGGCCUCUCCUGUGGGCAGCGCCCCCUCUGCAGUGCCAAAGACCAAGCUUGAAACCACCAGCAGCGUCACUAUGGUCAAAGUCACACCCAAAGUCUCCACCCCUGUUCUUCUAGCUCCGCCCAAGGACCCGAUUCCCAUCGCCCCCCGACCGGCCCAGAAACGAAAAUUAGAGGAGGAGAGCGAGGAAGAGAAGACCGAUGAGGAGAGAGACAAUGAAAACGAGAUGGGUCCUGGACCCGGAACCACGAACCGCAUGGUGCCCAAACUGCCCACUACUCCCAUCAACAACAGGCCUCCUGCUACGACUGUGGUGCCACAAAAACAGAACGGGCUCAACUACUGGACCCCCAAAGUCCCCAUAAAGAUCAACACUCUAUCCAGAGAACAGCUGGCUCUGCCCACGCACACACCCCCCCGCACCAUCCCCCCACCCCCCACCCCCAGCAUCGCCCCUGUCAGCCCCAACACCCCCAGCUCCACCAAAGUGGCCAGCCCCACCACCCCGGUCAUGCCUAAAUCCAGCCCCACGGAGAGCAGCUUCCUGCCCCACUCGUCCAGCCGCAGGCCACGCACACACCUGUCAUGCCUGCAGCUGUCCAUCCUGCAGUCCUGCUACGAGACCUGCGCCCACCCCAACGCCAUGGAGUGUGAGGCCAUCGGCACUGAGCUCAACCUGCCGCUCAAGGUGGUCCAGAUCUGGUUCCAGAACACCAGGGCCAAGGAAAAGCGCUGGAGGCUCCAGCAGGAGAAAAUGUCUCCCCUGUCAGGUGGGAAGGUGGAUAUGAGCUCAGGAAGCUACCUGCAGUACAACGCUCUCAAAGCCAAUCGUCCCAUCCUGCCCAAACCCGUGCAGCUGACGGUCACUGAACCUUCAGCAUCCCCAGUGGCGGGCCAGCCAGUGCCGAAGGAGACCCUGACGGGCCGCUGUGACGCCUGUAAUGUCUCCUUUGAAUCCCGAGCGGCGGCGAGGGCCCACGUCUUCUCCCCGCGUCACCUGGCGACCCUGAGAACCACUAACUUCGGCCAGCCAACGACGCUCGUCAACAAGAAUGGCACUGGUACCAGCACACCCGUGCCGGGCUCACAGGCCUCUCUGUCCACCCCGGUGACCACUUCCUGUCCUGGAGGGGAGAUGGUGAUGGAGUCGCCUCCACCGAUGGCCACCAGCAACAGUUAAAGACUCAGAUCAGGAUUGGUCUGCACACUGACUCCUCUCAGACCCGUUUUGGCUCCUCAGAUUUUAAUAAACAGAUUUGAGCACUAAUCCUCAAAAGCUAACAUGGUUUAGUUUUUGAAGUCUGCUCCCCCUCCUCCCGCUAUUCUUCACUCAAACUUUACCAACCCCACCUCAGUUAAUCUGUAGAGUUCACCUGGAUCCACCACCACAGCAGACUGACUCCACGCUGCUUCAUCCGAUCAGCUGACGAUCACAUGUCCACCCUCACAGACGUUUUGGUCCCAACCCUGUGGUUAUAUUAAACCUUACUCAGCUCGCCAUGCUUGAAAUGUCCUUCCCCAGAGACUGAUGCUAAGGUGUUUCCAGUUUUGAAGUGAUCCUCUGAGGGGGGCCCAGAAACACUGUUUGGGAUAACAAGAUGCUCAGAGUAAUAACUCCCAGUUUUCUCCUGUGGACAUGUUUUCUUAUGCCUCUUUUCACUUAUAGAGCAAAGACAUGAUUGAACUGAAGCUUUGGGAGAGGGAGUGUUGACUGCCACCUUUUAAUUUGCUAAGGGAGUGUGAUCUGAUGAGUGUUGUGUCUACUCACCUGGGAUAUAAACAGAGGUACUUCAGAGAGAACAGGGCUGUUGAAUUGUUCCCAUUUACAUGUUCACAGUUUUCACGACAAUCCAAACAGAGGCUGAGGAGGUCGAUCCUGGCAUACCGCACUUUGACACAUUUUACUUUGUUUGAGAUGUUUUGAAGCAUUCUGCUGCGAGUGUCUUUAUGGAAAGAUACAGUACUGCAUGUUGGAUGCCUUAAUAUGAAACGCGUGAAAUAAAUAGAUUUUUGCUAAUAGAAGAUGCUGUAGGUGUGGAGGAGGCAGACGUGGGAACAAACAGAGAAGAGCUCGGUUCCAAAAUGUUUUUAUAUUCACGUCUGGGAGAAAAUCUCUGAUCUGUAAUGCUCUCUUCAUCAUCAUCCUCGUGGCCAAGGACUAGAAUUAACUCUCCUGAUUUUACUACAAGUCUAACCCUAACCCAGACGUGUGUAUCUCAUGUUGGGACGCAGCUCUUCACACCUGUUUAAUCUAAACAUAAGUGUGUUAGGGGUGUGAAUCAGGUUCAGCCCCAGGUUUGAUUCACACCUAGGGCUGAGGCUCAGACUCCAUCAUCUUUACAGUUUAGUUUGCCAUGAAUACUGUGCGUCAGACAGGAACGUUAACGUCUCACUUCCAUAUUGAUACAAACAACUAUAGAAGCAAAUAAAAACUGAUGUAACAGAUUUUUUAUUUAGGUCAAAACCAAACCUCUAUAAAUACUUAGAGAAGGGGCUGUUUCCUGUAUUUUCAGAAUUAGUAAAUCUGGUGAUGAACGUGCUGUGAAAUGAGAUCUGACGUCUGGAAACCAUGACAGGGAGAACUUAGUAUCCUAAAGGGAUGAAUGGAUACUUCAGACUAUGAGGCAAAUUGGGAAACUUUAAAUGUGUUGACUGAGAGCUAAUAAGAUGGUGCUGUGUUGAAGGACACAUAACAUACUAAAGAUGUUUUCCUUCAAUUUAAGUUGUAUAUUAAUGUUACUAUUGAUAGUUUUAACAAAAUGCAAAACUAAAACAUGAACUUUUGUAAAGAAAUAUAUUAAAAAUAACUGGUAUUCCAAAGUAACCCUCCCUUUGCUUUCUGUCAUUCAAAAACCAAAAAGCAAUCUUGAGGUCGACAGAGAGCAGGAGAGGAGUCGUCAAUGCAAACUGUAAAGGACAUCCCAUGGCUUGACACUUGCACUAGUCCACUAUUUUUUGCACAAGCUACAGACAUUUGAAGCGAACACAGCCAUCGACAUUCAGAGUCAGAGGUGUGGUUUCUGAGACGUCCUGUCAUGAGUAAUAACCUGGACUACUGGUGGAAAAAGUGUAUCUUGUGUGUAAACCAAGGACGGCAGUGAUUGGACCUCAAGACUGGGAUUUCACACAAACACACACACACACACACACUCACGGUGUUGCACUGUCCAAACUAGAUAGGUUUUUAUGGAGAUCUGCUUUUUAUUCUCUUAUGUUUUGUCACUUUGAUUAUCACUAUUGUUAUAACUGUACUACUACUUAUACGAUUUAUCAUUACUACUCAUCACUGUUUUUGAUUAUUAUUGAUCCAUAAUGGUUUUAAUGCCACCUCUCUGCUCAGAAAGAGUAUGGUAUUCCUUUGAAUAUUGAACAAUAAUAGUGGCAGUGUUGUUAUGAAUUGUUAGAUUUUUGAUUAAGCUUAUUUUUCCUUCUCACUUGUACCUGCCUUUUUGUGUUUGGUCUCCAUUAUGCUUUCUUUGAUAUACAGAAAAACAAAUAAAAUCAGUUGAACAACA